AUGCUGCUAGCUGAUACCUUGUCAAGAGCUUAUUCAGAGGACUAUGAGCGAUCAGCCACAGAAUCAGAGGUGGAGUGCAUCCAUGCCACUCACUUCCUUCCUGUUCCAGACCACCAGCUCAAGGAACUUCAGAGAGAAACGGCUUGUGAUCCAACUCUAUAGUUUGUAAAGAAAGCACUCGGAAUGAUGGCUUCCCAGAUACAAAGAAAAAACAACCAGCAGCCAUUCAC